AUGACUGAUAAAGUGCAAACGGUUACUCAAAAUAAUAUGAAUUCAUCAUUGCUUACACAAGACUUGGCAAAAAUUAUUAAACGUUAUAAAAAAUAUUCUUUAUAUAUAAAACGAUUAUUGGAAGAAACUGAUAAAUCUUACAGUGAAAUAAUUGAUAGACAUAUUCUUACGCCUGACAAAUGCUCUAGUAUUAAAAUAUCAAAAUCUGAUCGUCAAUAUAUUAAUUCUUUACCAUCAUUACCACUAGGGUUAAUUGUUUGUUCACAAACAUAUUAUGGAAAAGCACGAUUUGUUAAUGAAUUUUUAAAUGAAUCUUUAUUGCCCGAAUCAUCGAUUGUUAAUAAAACUGAUGUUGUUCGUAUGAUUCGAAUUAUGCAUCAUUCAACACCUAGUGCUAGUUUAAAUAUAUCCGGUUCAUUUGAACUUCUUGAAACAGAUUAUGAUCAACGAUCACUAUCAUGGUCAAAUGCUCCGCGUGAUUAUAUAAUUGUCAAGGAUGAAAAAAAAUCUACUCUUUCUUCUGAUGAACAUGAUCACGAAGAAACGGCAUUAUUAGAAAUACGAAAACCAUUAGAAUUUCUUGGUAAUAAUUUACAAAUUUUAAUAACACCAACUAAUCAAAAGUUACAUGUUAAACAAAUCAUUUCACAAAUAACAGAAAAUAUCAUACCAAUUUUUAUUUAUAUUAUUGAUCAAGGAAAAUUAUUCGAUCAUGAUAUAGUAGAAUUGGAACUAUUUCAUAGUAUUGCACCCGAUCAACCAAUAUUAUUUAUUCGUAUUGAUCAAGAUAGUUCAACAAAAGAACCAACUUCAAAUAUUGGUGAAACACCAUGUGUUCAAGUAUUUCGACAAUUAUGUGAUCUUGGUUUUCUUUCAUUAUUAACCACGGAAAAUUGUGAACAAACACCUGAAGUAAAUUUAUCAAAAUUUCAAAGUGAUAUGAUUGAUAAUGGUUUCAAUAAUUUUCCAUUAUUUUUAAAUUAUAUUAAAAAACAUUUAAAUCGAUUAACUAUUCGAGCAGUUAGUAUUAUACAACGAUCACACGAACUUUGUCUAGAUCUUUUCAAUGAUAGUGCUUUUGAUAUGGCACGAGAUAUACUUAUUACACCUAAACGAAUAAGUUAUGCACAUGAAAAAGAAAGAGAGUUAUAUGAUUCAUUAAUUGCUUUAACAAAUUCUAAACAAAAUGAAAUUCAAAAAUUAAUUUUACAAGCUGUUAAUGAUAGUCAAGAAAGAUUAACUGAUCAAGCUUGUUCAUUAGAAAUUCCAGGAAUUGAAUUAACUGAUCAAUUAACAGUUAAAACAGCACGAGAUUUAAAAAAAUGUACAAGUGUUAUACAAGAAUUUAUACUUGUUCGAUUAAAUAAAGCAAUAGCUGAUAAAUUAUCAUCAUCAGUUAAUAUUUUACAUCAAGAUUAUGUUGGAACAUUAACACGUUGUUUAAAAAAUUUAGAAAAUAAAGAAGAUGAUGAAACAAAUGUAUCAGCAAGUAAAGCAUUACAUGAAAUUAUUCAAUCAGCUUAUCAAGUUAAUAUAACUUUACAAACGAAUUCAAAUUUAUUUAAAUUAUUAAUUGAUCGAAUGAAAGAACUCUUUCGAACAUUUAGUUGGAGUAAUUGCCCACGUAUUGAUCCUGAAUUUAAGCGUUCAAUUGCAUCGAAUAUGUUAAAUAAUCUUAGUGAAGCCAAAUUAGCGAAAAGUGUUUGUACUCAAUUAAAUGAUCGUAUACGUAUGUCGCAUUAUAAUUUUGAAAGUUUACUUAAACAAUUAGAACAUCGACAUUCUGAUCGUUUAAAAUCAACGGAAGACAAACAACAACGUGUACGAAAAGAUUUUACACCUAAAAUAGCUCGACAUUUACUUGAAAGUACAUCAUUAAAAGAUCUUAUUCAAUAUGAUUUACCAAAACAAGGACGUGAAGUUGGACGUGGACAAUAUGGAGUUGUUUAUGAAUGUGAAAGUUGGGCUAAUCAACGUUCAUGUGUUUUAAAAUCUGUUAUACCACCUGAUGAUCGACAUUGGAAUGAUCUUGCUUUAGAAUUUCAUUAUUUAAGACGAAUUCCUGAUCAUCCAAGAGUAGUUAAAUUAAUUGGAUCAGUUAUUGACUAUUCAUAUCCUGAUCAUACACCAGUCUUAUUAAUUAUGGAAAGACUUUCACGAGAUUUACAUAUUGCUUUAAAAAAUAAACUUCCAUUUCAAAUAAGAAUUCGGAUAGCACUAGAUGUUGUGGAAGGUUUACGGUAUUUACAUGGAUUAGGAUUGGUUCAUCGGGAUAUAAAAUUGAAAAAUGUUUUGUUAGACGAAGCAAAUCAUGCACGUAUUACUGAUCUUGGAUUUUGUAAACCUGAAGUAAUGAUGAGUGGCUCUCUAGUUGGCACACCCAUUCAUAUGGCGCCCGAUUUAUUUACAUCGAAAUAUGAUCAUACAGUUGAUGUUUAUGCAUUUGGUAUAUUAUUUUGGUAUAUAUGUUCAAAUGGUGUAAAAUUACCGAAUAAUUUUGAUGUUUGUACAUCGAAAGAUGUUCUCUGGUCGAAAGUAAAACAAGGUCUACGACCGGAACGUUUAAGUGUAUUUACAGAUGAAUGUUGGGAAAUAAUGACAAAAUGUUGGGAUACUCAACCGUCAAAUCGACCUUAUCUAGGUGAAGUUCAAGAAAAACUUGAACAAAUUUUUAGUAAAGAAAUUAUCAAUGUUUAA